GGAUACUCUAUCAUUGCGUAGAAUAGAUUGUUCUCAACUUGAGCGGUCGAUCGUGGACCGUGGGGUAAUGUUUGGAGAAGCCAUUGAACAAAGGGGUGAUACCAAGAAGAAAAGAUUUCCCUAAAGUGGAGUGUACUGUUUUUUUGGGAUGAAAAUUCGUGAUCGUGGUGGUUUUUCUACAAUUUGAUGAGCUCCAAAAGACAUUUCAAAAUGUGAAACUUGAGCGGUGGCCAAGCGAAGUGACAACAGUUCGUCUGGGCAUCACUGCUAAGAACAUCAACUGAACAUCGUGUUAUGUCCUGAAGACGCAUAAAAGAUUGCUCGUAGAUAAGAUAUAACCUUACUGUAACAAUGGCGAUGCACUCAACCUAUUUUGGUAUUCCACUAAACAUGCACCGAGUCUGUAGAGUAUGUCUGACAGAAAGCACAAAUAUGUCGCCCAUAUUUUGCUCUGACCAAGAAGUCGAUCAUUUCUCAGGUCUUCCACAAAAAAUUCAGAUAUGUGGCUCAAUCCAAGUUCAGGAACAAGAUGGCCUGCCUUCUUUAAUUUGCAACGAUUGCAUCUUCAAAGCCAGCGUUGCCCACGAUUUUAGGCAGCUUUGUCAGAAUUCGGAUGCUCGUUUGCGACUUUAUUAUAAUAAGCCUGCCAGAAGCAAUCUGAUGGAAACCAGCACUCAGACCGAACCUGAAAUUAGAAUGGUAUUAAAUAAAAAUUCCAAUGAGCAAAAUAGAUACUGCGUGAAGGACGAGGAACAGCAGGUUUUGUCAGAUAUUCAUCAACCUACUGAAACCUUUGUACAAGAAGAGAGCUCCAUAGUCGAAGAUCCAAUAGAAGAUCCAAUAGACAUCCAUGACCAAAAGCUGUUUGAAUGCAACCUCCGAUUCGAAGUACCCAAGGAAACUGAAAGAAUGACUGAAGAUUUAGCCAAUGCAAUUCAUGAGAACGCACUUAGUGAAAAUGAAAUGCAUACAAAUGAAAUUAAUGCAGACGUUAUUAACUCAAACAUCAUGAACGAUAACGAAAUCAAUUCAGACACAAUACAUUCAAAUCUAGUGCCAGAUAAUACUCUGCAAAUGCCUUGUCCCGAGGAAAUUUCAGAAGCGAAUGUUGGAUUGAGUGAAGUGGAUAAAAUGGACAAUGAAGAUAAGACUGAAAUUAACAACGGAGCAGAAGACUACAUUGACCAAGAAUUGAUAAGCGAGAACUUAGAAGACCAGCAAACGCCUCCGAAAAGAACUUCGAAUCGCAAGGUUAAAUCCGUGCAGAAUAAAACUACAUUCAGUGAUGAGGAAGCUGAGGAUGAUUAUUUCAAUCAAAGCAGCGACAGUCAAGAUUCUGAGGAGCACAAAUUUAAGUGUAAAGUCUGUUCGAAACGCUACACAACACAGAAAGGAUUGAAGAAACAUACCCUUGUGCAUGAUAAGAAACAUAAUUGCACUGUUUGUUUAAAGAGUUUCUGCCGGCUUGAAAAUUUGGAGAAACACAAACUCAUUCAUGUUGCGAAACCUCACGCUUGUCAAUCGUGUCAUACCUCUUUUUCUAAACCGCAAAGUCUGGCGAAGCAUUUGAAAACUCAUGCGGAAAAGGCAAAUAAUAGUACAAAGGAAAUUAUUAGCGAUGAUCCGAAGGAUGUUCCAGAGCCGAAGAAAGAAAUGAAAAGUGAGGAAGAUACUGAGGAUGAAACUCCGACUGCGAAUGAGCCUGAUGAGUUUGGAAAUGCGCCCGAGUUGUUCAAGUGUGAUAUAUGCGGUCAGUACUGUUCAACGAUGAAAAAUUUGAAACGGCAUGCUCUGAUUCAUGGAGAGAAGAAAUAUUCUUGCUUUGUGUGCAAGAAGUGGUUCUUCCGGCCUGACACGUUGAAAAAACACGCUGAGAAGCAUGGCCAUGGGUUGCUGGACAAUCUGAUGGAAAAUAAUAAGUUGUUUGAUUCAGACGAUGAAGCUUUUCCGAAUGCGACGGGAAAUAUUUUCGGGGAUAAUGAUAAUUCAAAGAAGGACGAUAGCGAGGAGGAUGGAACCGGGGAGUAUAAGUGUCAGCAUUGCGAGAAAGUCAUGACUACGAAGAAGGGAUUGAGAAGGCAUGUCUCGAUGCAUAAACCGAGGGCUGAGCCCGCCACUUGUGAAAUCUGCAAAAAGGUUUGCGCAAGUCAGGCGCGUUUGGUAAUCCACCAGAAGACCCACAACAAGCCAAAAGAAAAAGUCCCAAGGGAAUACCUCUGUCACAUCUGCAGCAAAGUCUACCCAAGUAACUCUUCCCUAACUUAUCACAUGAGAACUCACACAGGCGUAAAACCCCACGUUUGCAAAACGUGCAACAGUGGAUUUACAACCACGACGAGUUUAGCCAAUCACAUAAGAAUCCACACCGGAGAUAAGCCUUUCGUCUGCCAUGUCUGCAGCGCAGCCUUUGCAGUCAGUUCAGCCUUCAGAAGACACCUAACCCGCCACACCGGAGAGGCCAAUUACCUCUGCAAAACCUGUGGCAAGGCUUUCAAAAGACUCAGUACCCUCAAGGAACACACCUAUACUCACUCUGGUGAAAAACCCUACGUUUGUAAAACCUGUGGCGCCGCUUACAGUCACAGUGGAAGUUUAUUUGCCCAUCAAAAGCGUUGUCGGAUCCAAUACGGCGAUCCAAUGCUGGUUGAAGAUCAUCAUCAUAAUCAUAGUGUCUCCCAUCAUAUUCACGUGAACAAUGUGCAAUCGGCUGUACGAUCACUGGCUGUGAUAGGUCAGAUGUUUUAAGAAACUUCAUACUUGAAAAAGAAUUUGAUCUGAACGAUUUGAAAGCGGUUCGAAUCCAUGUAGAAGAAUUUUUCAAGCGAAGAUUCGAGUAUUCUGCAAUCUGCCUUCAAAUAUCGAUAGCUAUUUUUUUAUCCUCUCUUGCGAAUAAGACAUGUUAGUAUAUAAAUUCAGUAGAUUAAUGAAUUAUUUGAAGAGAUGUUGCAGCCAAGUUUAAAAAUCAGGGACCGUUUAUUGACAAUAGGCACGAAAUAAUAGUAAAGAGACCGAAUAAGAAGAUGCUUGCAUGUAUGUGAUUUUUCAACCUGUGGAAAAAGCAAAUUUUUCAAUUAAAAAAAUCUGCGAUGCCUAAAAGGGUAUGUUUGGGUAUGUUUCAAGUAGUUUAUCCUGAAAAUUGGACCAAAACCGACUACAAAUGUGAGAAAUUUGCGUUUUUCUUGGUUGUAAACACCCUUGAAAUCUAUGGAAAUAAUAUAGAAAAUUUCACUGUAAAAAAAUCUAUUGAAUUUUACAUCUCUGGUGGAUUUAAAUAAAAGGACCCCCGUGUAUCGGAGUAACUUUACGAAUCU